AUGGCUCUCUACCCAUUCAUCACUCUCUUGGUUCUUCUCUCUUCUGUCCCGCCAAAUGACGAUGUAUUUUUGAGUUUUAGAGACAAAGACUCGAGUGGAAGUUUCGCUGGACACCUCUACAAAGCUCUCAUUCGAGCAGGAAUCCACACUUUCAAAUACGAUAAGGGAAUUCGAAGAGGAGAAAACAUGACAUUAGCAGUAGGCAGAGCACUAAAUAAAUCAAAAAUUUCCAUGAUUGUGUUUUCUGAGAACUAUGCUUCUUCAACUCGGUGCCUCAAUGAGCUUGUGACUAUCAUGGAACGUAGGAGAACUUCUGGACUCGUUGCUAUUCCCAUUUUUUACAAAGUGGAUCCAGCCGAAGUUGAAGACCGGACAAAGAGAUACGGUGAAGCAUUUGCCAAACACGAAGAGCGAUUCAAGGAGCAGGUGUAUAGAGUGAAGCAAUGGAGGGCAGCCCUUAAAGAAGCUACAAGCCUUGCAGGGAUGGUUUUACAUGACCGGUCAGAGACAGAAUUUAUUCAAAUGGUCGUUAAAAAGGUUGAAAAAAGACUGAACUCCACACUGCCGAAAGUUCUUCCCGCUCAGAGUGUUCCCUCUUAUUGGCCAAUUAAUUUAAGAAAUUUGGCUUACCAUCCAUUUUCUGUUGCUCGAGAAUUGAAGUACUAA